CGAGAGAAAGAGAGAGAGCGAGAGAGAGAGAGAGAGACAUCGGGAGCAGAGCAUUAGUGUUGUUUCUGCUGUGGAUCAGAGGAGAGACAGGUUCCUCAUCACCGAACAACCAGCGGCUUGUUUUCAGGCCCAGCUGCAGCACCCCUCACCAUGACUAAAGAGGAGAACCUGGAGGUCCAGGAGAAGGAGAGGCACGACCGGGAGGAGCAGGAGGAGGGGAAGGUCCAGAAAGAGGAGGAGGAGGCACUGACUGAGGAGGAGGAGGAAGAAGAAGAGGAAUAUGAGCUAGAAGAGGAGAAGGAGGGGGAGGAGAGGGCAGAGGUGGAGGAUGAGGACGAGCAGGAGGAGGAGGAGCAGGAGGAGAGAGAGGAGCGGGAAGAAGAGGAGAAUCCACAGGCCGGUCAGGAGUGUGACGCCGAUCCAGAGCCCGAGCCGCUGUCAGUGUCCGAGUACCAGAGUCCGGUUCACGAGCCACGCCGCCGAGCCAUGGUGCACCCCUCCGCCCAGGCACCGCUCCCCAAAGACUACACCUUCACCUUCUUCGACCCCAAUGACCCGGCCUGUUUAGAGAUCCUCAUGGAUCCUCAGACCACCAUCCCGGAGCUGUUUGCCAUCGUGCGUCAGUGGGUUCCCCAGGUGCAGCACAAGAUCGACAUUAUCGGCAACGAGAUCCUGAAGCGCGGUUGCCAUGUGAACGACCGCGAUGGGUUGACCGACAUGACGCUGCUUCACUACAGCUGUAAGGCUGGAGCGCACGGAGUUGGUGACCCGGCGGCCGCGCUCCGUCUCAGCAGCCAGCUGAUCGCUCUGGGCGCCGACGUGAGUCUGAGGAGCCGCUGGACCAACAUGAACGCUCUGCACUAUGCCGCUUACUUCGACGUCCCAGAACUGAUCCGAGUCCUGCUCAAAGCCACUAAACCAAGAGUGUUGAACUCCACCUGCAGUGAUUUCCACUAUGGCACAGCCCUCCACAUCGCUGCCUCCAACCUCUGUCUGGGUGCAGUCAAAUGUCUCCUAGAGCACGGAGCCAACCCCAUUGUCCGGAACGAUAAGGGCCAGGUUCCAGGGGAGGUGGUUCCCGACCCGAUGGACAUGACUCUGGACAAGGCAGAGGCCGCAAUGGCGGCCAAGGAGCUGAUGCAGCUGCUGCUGGACGCCGUCCCUCUGAGCUGCAACCUUCCCAGAGCCACGCUGGCCAACUACGACAACAUCCCAGGAAACCUGAUGCUGACCUCGCUGGGGCUAAAGCUGGGGGAGCGCGUGAUGCUGGACGACAUGAAGCUCCAGAGAGACCAGAGCAAAGAUGAAAACCCGCCUGCAAACCUCAGACAGUCCGGCACUCUGAGGUUUUGUGGCACUACAGAGUUCGCCAGCGGUCAGUGGGUUGGCGUGGAGCUCGACGAGCCGGAGGGGAAGAACAAUGGCAGUGUGGGCGGCGUUCGCUACUUCGUCUGCCCUCCUAAACUAGGCAUUUUUGCCCCGGUGUCAAAGAUUUCCAAAGCCGUGGAUCAGGCACCUUCAUCAGUCACCUCCACCCCCAGAACCCCCCGUAUGGACCUGGCCUCUCGCCUCACCCGGAGGACCAAGAAGGAGAAAGAGAAGAAGGAGAAGCUUAGAGAGAAAGCCCAGAAGAAGAAGUCGUCAGUAACCAGUCUGGAUCCGGAAGGAAUGAACGUGGAAGUUGGAGACCAGGUUCUGGUGGCCGGACAGAAACACGGCAUCGUCCGCUUCUACGGCAAGACCGACUUCGCCCCAGGGUACUGGUUCGGCGUCGAGUUGGAUCAGGCCACAGGAAAACAUGACGGCUCAGUGUUUGGAGUCCGCUACUUCAGCUGCCUGCCCAAAUAUGGAGUGUUUGCUCCACCCUCCCGGGUCCAGAGAAUCGGAGGUCCUAAAGAAGGCUCCCAGAAUGACAACUCCAUGGUGAAGAAAGUCCACCAAGUCACCAUGUCACAGCCGAAGCGUAACUUCAACACGAUGCGUUCUCCUAAAGACCUGACGUCUGAGAACUCCAUAUCCAGGUUGCUGUUCUGCUGUUGGUUUCCGUGGAUGCUGCGUGCUGAGAUGCAGUCCUAACCAUGCCCUCCUUCUUCUGCUUCUCCACCUGACCCAUCUCUCCACUUUUCUCUAUCUUCAUCUUUUCCUUUUGGCUUUCCUCUCUCUCUCUCGGUCUCUUCAGACGUUCACUGUCAGUCAGACAUCUCGUAGUGACACCCUGUCCCUCUUCUCUCUUACCCUCAGCCCGAAUCCCUCUGAUUUAGCCGUUCUAUAGCAACAUCUAUAGUGCCUUGUAUCUGAUCAAAACGUCCCGCAUUCCUUUCAUGAAACUGAGCUAAAGCAAUCGCCCUCAAAUAUUCUCUUUACACAUCCCAUCAUUUAGCCGUUCUCAUCACAUUGUCCCAGCUUUGUCCAAGUUAUGUCUUUAUUUGAGCCAACAAAAACCACAUGGCAUCAGUGUGUGCCGCUGCAUGUUUUGCUUUUGCUACUGCUCGAUUUGGGUCUCAACCAAAAUUGGUGGUUGGCACCAGCUGUAGCUUCAAAUUAGGAAUAAUGCUAAUGUUUGACCCGUGGUUGUACAGUAACAACAAUGACGUUUGCCAAACGAAUCCCGUGAUUGCACAUUAUUCUGAGACUUGAGAACCACUUAGAGAGCCACUGGAAGCAUUCAUCUUCUUAAUACCUGUAACGCUUGGAACUGCAUCUCACACUUGUGUCACUUGAGAAUUUCAAGAAACAGUGUGUGAAAUUUGGUUCUGCAGAGCUCGAAGCGUACAAAAUGCUUCAGGUAUCAGGUUGUUGGUAUGUUGGAUCUAGAUCUGGCUGCUGUUUAACUCACCUGAGACAAAGAAAGUAACCCGAGAAACCUAGAAAGUCUAGACUGUGUGUGUUGUCACCUGCAUGCUUUAAUCUCAGAUGUCGAACUGAAAACAGGGUUAUUCAACUACUUACUUUUUUUGUAUUUUAUCAUAGUGUUACAGUCAUAUUUUCUUAUCUUUCUAAUGUAUGCGACAGGCAUAGUAUAUUCGUGGUUCUUGGUCUCUAUGAAAUAUUUCCUGCUCUGUAGUUGAUGCCAACAUUUCAUCACAGCAAAUUAGAGUCGAUGUGUUCUUCACAACAAAUCUGAACAAAUAGCUGGAUUUGACUUUUUGCUUCAUCACCUAGAAAAAGAAAAAAGAUUCCGUUAAUGUAGUCGUUAAUAGAUGAAGUACCGUAGUCAGACAUUAUAGUGACUCAACGCCGUGAACAGCUGUCAUUAUGAAUCAGUGUAUUGCCAUCUCGUUGGAGUUAAAAUACAGUUUAUUAUGGAAUUACUGUCAAGAGCCGCAAUCAUUCUCUGUCGUUAACCAAAAGUGCUAACAGACCCAAAACCAUUACUUUCUUUGAUGCAACUUCAAAAUCAAAAAACAGUUUUCUGCCCUGCUACAUGUGAUAUUGAUGUUUUUUUGUGUUGUUGCCGUCAUGGCUGCGUCUGAAAAUAAGCUUAAUUUGAAUGUCAGCUUGAAAACAACAUGUAAUCAGUUUGGUCAGCUGUACAGCUGUGUGUCCCCUCGUCCAACGUGUAUCUCCUCCAUCUUAUUUAGACCCUGGAUAAGGUGUCCAGAGAGGCCAUGAUAUUUGUAGAAGUUCUCGUCUAUGCUUUUCUCCCCAACCUCUCUCAUCCCUCUUUCUCCAUUCAAAUAAGACUUUGCUUCUUCUUGUGAAUGUGGGCAUCUGCGAAAAGACAAAACACGCUUAAUGUUAAAAUCUCUCUUGAAGUGUGGAUUACUGAAAACAGCAAUAUGUAAACAGUGUAUAUCUCUGUGUGGAAAUGUGUCUUGUGUUGAUGUCUCCUUACACUCUGUCAACACCCUCACAGAGCGCUGAGCAUGCUCACGAGACACUUCUUUUUCAGAAUUUGGGGUUUUAUGAUUUAUUGAUUUCAACCGAAACAUUUGCUUUCCUGUAAAGAUGUUUUCUAAUCAAUCCCAAAGGGGUUUACCGGUUGUUAAUUGUCGUCCUGAUCGGUGAACAGAGCACUGAUCAGCUGAGCAUUUUGAACACAGACUCCUGCCCUGUCAGCGCUUAUGUCAGGGUGUUAGUUGGCCCGACAGUCUGCAGUUCAGCUGCUUUUAUCAACUUGGUAAGGUGCAGAGCACUAAAGGCAAAGAAAGGAAAUGGAAAGGGCAUAGUCAGCACAUUCAGGGUUCCCACAUUUCUUUGAAAAAAAUGGAGUUGUGAAACUACAAUGUGUCCUGAAACACCGAUUUUGCUUUCAGUUAGCUUGGACUUUUUUAGAAAUGUUUUAUAGUUUUAUUGGAAUCAUUAAAUUAACUUAAUGUCAACUGAUAUCAAACCAAAAGAUGUUUCACAUCUAUCUCACUGAAGUCAGAUAUAAACUCUGCUUUAGGACACUUAAAAAAAAAUGCUCCAGCAUCAAUUGGUUAUUGGAACCGUCCUUAAUGUUCCACAAGACAAUUUCUUGAAAACAUGAUAAUCUUGAUAUCACAUACACAUGAUAUGCCAAUGACUCACAGCUUUACCUCCUACAUGUCUGCUGUUGGCUGCUUUCCCCUGCCAUGCCACUCAAUCCUGAACAAAAGAGCCGGAUGAACUAAAGUAAAUCCCCAUGUUGUAGUUUAUAUCUCUUUUCCACACAAAAAGUGUUUGGCUACAAAUGCGCUGCUGCAGCACGCGGUUCGACGCUAAAGCUCCACAAAGUCGCAAUGUGCUGACUCUCUCCUCCCAGGUGAGCAUAGACGUCAGUGGAGCUCGGUGAUGGAGAGGUUUGUCUUUGUACAGUAACCGUACAGUGCAGUCAAUAUGUCCCAGUGAAGACUGUGUAAUUGUGGAGCUUUCUCUGGUUUGGCCACUAAGUGUCACUAGUGAGUCUCUGGAUAAUCAUUUCAAGACCGACACAAUGUUACUCAAGCUUUCCUCAUUACCUAUUAUUUAUUUGAUUUCUUCGACCGUGUAUCCGGGCCAUUGUAAGUAAAACGAUAAUCAUUUCGGAGGGGGGGGGUGAAUUUACUAAAUUCUUUGAAAUUCAAGUUACAAUUUUACGAAAAAUAUACUCGGAAAUAUUGUGGGGUUUUUGUUGUCAAGGUUGCAAGGUUGAAUAACCUUAUCACAACCUUGCAUCGCAUCAGCUGACUCUAAAAUUGUAGUGCACCCACAUGGUGAAUGUACUCAAACUACGUCCGUUUUUCAAAAUAAGGUGUUAAUGGGUACAAAGUACACAUAUGUAAAUAAUAUUAAUUUGAUAAGAUUCACCAGAAGUAUAAAACAUGUUACCAGUGACCCUUAUCAAAGAAAAUACAAUUCAAUUGUGAGGAAAUGUCUUUAUUCUUUGAUUUCUGGGUUGCUGGAAAAAAUCCUGACAAUGAUACAUUUCAGUUGAGGACAUUUGUGACAAAGUCAAACAGUUUUACUGUUCCAGCUUAAAGAUGAUUACAAAUAAAGUAUUUACAGUGUUGACCUUAAAAGUACCCCGCUCUGUAACUAUUCAUGUUGCACUGACGCUGGCCCUAAUAUGCUGUCCUAUAGAUUUGCUCCAUUUAAAGGACUCUGCUUUUUAUUAUUGCACCGGUUGUUUUAACUUCUUAAGAAUAUACAGUAUAUAGCCUAUAUUUUGAUAACUUCACUAAGUGUACUUUCUGUUCUUGUUUUUUAGUGUGUAUGUGUUACGUUGUGCUCGGUUACAGUCCGUAUGUUAGUAACUCCUGUUUUAAAAGUGAGUGAGGCUAACUGACAUUAAACGGGAAACAGAA